GUUCCUGAUCUGGAAUUUCCCCUCUUUCUGCCAUUUAAAAGCUUCCCUAUGAGGGCAACGUGAGCCCAGCGCGCCUCAAACUGAAAUACGAGGUUGAGGACAAGAUUAUGUAGCAUUUCGUCCAAAGAAGAGGACAAUAGAAGAGAGCAGGUGUUGCAUGUUUUUUUAAAUGGGAAAUCUGUUGGGCAGCUGGCGUUUCAAGGAGCCGAGCACCGUUGAGGAAUGCGACUCGACGUGGGGGUCGGACUCCGAGAGCGACGAGCCGGCGGCGGCUGAAGAUGACGGCGGCAUCUCCGACCCUGUCAACCCGGUGGAGAGCGACCGGUCCGCCGGAGACACGUCCCCGCAGCUGACAGAAUCUCCGGAGUCUGUUCAAAAGAUGAAGAGGAGUUUCUACGCUGCCAGGGACCUCUACAAAUACCGACAUAGCUACCCGAACUACAGAAAGUCCCGGCAACCCAACGAGUAUCGUAACCUUCGCUUCUACCUGAACAAGAUCCCUCUUGUACCUGAUGGUAUCUAUAUAGAGGAGAUUCUGACUAAGUGGAGAGGCGACUAUGACAAACUGGAGCACAAUCACACCUACAUUCAGUGGCUGUUUCCGUUAAGAGAACAAGGGCUCAACUUUUACGCACACGAACUGACUCAGGACGAGAUCAAAGAAUUCCAAAGCACUCGGGAAGCUAAGCGCAGAUUCCUGGCGGCCUAUUCCCUGAUGUUGGACUUCUACGGCAUCAAGCUGCUGGAUAAGAGUGGUAAUGUUGCCCGCGCUCCCAACUGGCUGGAGCGUUUCCAGCACCUAAAUGAGUCCCAGCACAACUACCUGCGCAUCACCCGCAUCCUGAAGUCCCUGGGCGAGCUGGGCUACGAGGCCUUCAAGGCCCCGCUGGUCCGUCUGUUCCUGGAGGAGUCUCUGUGCCGCAACACCCUUCCCAACAUGCAGCACAGCGUCCUCGAGUACUUUGUCUACACCAUCCGCCUGCCGGCCACACGCAGACGCCUGCUCCGCUACGCCCGCCAGCACUACAGGCCGGCCCACGCCUUCCUCUGGGGACCGCUGCCCAAACGGCGAGGGGGGGGUGUCGGUGUCGGAGGUAGCGUAGGCGCUGGGAGUAGUGGGAUCAGAGCACCUGCUCCAACACCAGAGCAACACAGGAGGGGGGAGGAGAGCACCAGCUCCCCAUCUGCAAACAGCAGGGUUAUUGUGUCUUCCCAUGAUGCCAUGCUGUGCCCGGAUCUGGCUCCAGGAGUGCCACAGGGCCGCACAGGACUCUCUUCGAAGACGGCUGAACUGGAGGGAGCGCCGAUGGUGGCGGGAAGGAGAGGAGAGAGGAACGAGUACAAUGAGAUCGUCCCUUUGUAGGGGGAUGGGCUUUGAUUGUUUUCUGCUUUCGGUGCAGUUGUUCAUUGUUCCAGAACUUUAUUCUUAGCGGAGUUCCGAAGCUUCUGGACCCUGAAGCUUAGGGGCAAGACUAGGGAUGUAACGAUUCAACUCACGAUUCGAUUCACAAUUUUAAAUUGACAGUACAAUUUUUUUUCUCCUUUUUUUCCUUUUUUUUAAACCAAAUGAGCUGCAGACUAAUGACUGAAAAAUAUUCCUUCAAUUUUAUAAACCGCAAAACAACAGAUGUGUUCUUAUCAAAAGUGAAAAAAACGAAAUUGAUUCUUUUAUCUUUAAUAACAAAAAUAUACUAAAAAAUGAAUAUUAUAUUUCUUAAACAAACCCCACCAUCACCAUUUAGAAUAUCUAAAUAAAUAGAAAAGAGAUCUGUUCAAAUAAAUCAAACUAAAAACUAAGAAGACGUAGUGACGUCUCAAGUCAAACAAGUGGAAUCCAAAAUAGAUCACGCCCUAGGCCGUGUUAAAAGUUGCAUCGUGAUUCAUUUUUUUAUCCCACAUUUCUAUUGUUAUUGUUUUUUUAACCACGUUACGAUGCAUCGCUACAUCCCUAGUCAAGUGAAAUUAAUAGUAACACAUUCAUUAAGUCUGACCAAUGUGUCAUUAGAAUCAAUUCAGGUUAAGGGCUCACUAUAAACAGCUAUGAUGUUAUUUCGUGGCUGAUGAAGGUGUUUCAACCGUACUGAAUUUGGGAUGGAACGGGGGGGGGGGGGGGGGGGGGGGGGGGGGGGGGGGGUGCAGAGAUGGAGGUCCCAUUCUGGGCCAAGCUUAACAGACUUGCCUUGGACCAAAUCCCAAAACCAUCUUAACCAGUAGAGACCCAAUCGUGUCGUGUGUUGCAAGGCCUUUUCCUCAUCAGGGCUAUUAUUACAAAACCAGACCAGGGGUGUUAAACAUUCGGCUCGUGGGCCAGAACCGACCGUCCAAAAGGUCCAAUCUGGCCCACUGGAUGACUUUGCAAAGUGUUAAAAUUGCAGAGAAGUAAUUCAUUCCAAUUCCAAAUUUACCACUCCAAGUUCAGAGAAUAGCCAAGUUCUUUUUCCUUUAUUUUUUCCUACAAUGGCCUUAGAACGCUGUCAUAGCAGAAGCAACUUGCGUUUGCCAACAUCAAGCUGACAAACUCUGGGACAGAUAAAGGUUCUGAUCAGUCUGGAGUGGUUUACUGGUCUGGCCCACUUGAGAUCAAAUCAUGGGGUAUGUGGCCCAUGAACUGAAACGAGUUUGACACCCCUGACGGAAGAUUGCCUUAUUGCAUGUUUUGGCGUGGAGCUGUGGCACAGGACAGAUGUGGUUACUGAUACUGAAAACCAUUUUCAGAACUCCACAGCAAAAAAAAAGAACAAAAGAAGAAGAAAAAAAUGGACUGAGCUUACUUUGUACAGGUGCUGUGAAGUGAAAAAUAUGAAGAGGGAGUUCAGGGAGGAUUAUUUUCUUCUUUUUUUUAUUCCAAAUCCUGUGAAAAGGACAUAAGGGACACA